ACUGCACUUUCUACACAGGAAUAGCAGCAGUGAUCCCUCAUGCACCUCCAAACAUUUUUUUCUUGUGAUUUUUAAAGGAGAUUUUAUUUAGAGGCGGCGCUUGUUGGCUCCGGAGUAGCGUCGUAACGACACUUUUUUUCCCCCUCUCCCCCAGUCCCUGUUAAAAAAGAGUUUGACCAGGGCCAGAGUUGGUGCUGGGGGGUCGCACAUAGCUUAUAGGAAUAACCUGGGGGGUAGUAAUUGGUGCAGCUUUUUUUAAAAAAAAAUCCCAGCUGAUUUUUUUCUAUUUUAUUUUUAAUUUCAAUUUUCCUUUAUUUUUAUACUUCUCUGAAUAUCGCCGCACACUCUGACUCUCUCUCCAAGAUCUGAUACCACUUCGAGAUUUUUCCUUUCAGAUCAUGAACAAACUAUAUGUUGGGAAUUUAAGUCCUUCGGUCACUGUCGAGGACUUGAAGCAGCUCUUUGGGGAGAGGAAGCUGCCAGUGGCCGACCAGGUCCUACUGAAAUCGGGCUAUGCUUUUGUGGACUUCCCCGACCAGAACUCGGCCAUAAAGGCUAUAGAGACUCUUUCUGGUAAAGUUGAAUUACAUGGAAAGGUGAUAGAGGUAGACUACUCUGUUCCCAAAAAACUAAGGAGUCGGAAGAUCCAGAUCCGGAACAUUCCCCCUCAUCUACAGUGGGAGGUUUUGGACGGCCUUCUAGCUCAGUAUGGUACUGUAGAAAGCGUGGAACAAGUGAACACUGAUACAGAAACAGCAGUGGUGAAUGUUACAUACGCAACCAAGGAGGAAGCUAAAGUAGCCAUUGAGAAGUUGACGGGACACCAGUGCGACGACUACUCCUUCAAGGUGUCAUAUAUAAUGGACAUGGAUGCAGCUCCAGCCGUCCAAGCCCCCCGCACGCGGCGCGGGGGUCGGUCUUCCCGGGAUCAGGGCGCCUCUCAGCCCGGGCCGUCGGGGGGCUUUGGCUCUCCGCGGCCCAGGCAGCACGACUUCCCGCUGCGUAUACUCGUGCCUACUCAGUUUGUGGGUGCUAUCAUUGGCAAGGAAGGCCUCACCAUCAAGAACGUCACCAAAGUGUCACAGGCCAAGGUGGACAUUCAUCGGAAGGAAAACGCAGGUGCAACAGAAAAGCCCAUCACCAUCCACUCGACACCUGAGGGCUGCUCCUCCGCCUGUCACAUGAUCCUGGACAUUAUGCAGAAGGAGGCCAACGAGACCAAGACGACGGAGGAAAUCCCUCUGAAAAUCCUCGCCCACAACAGCCUCGUGGGUCGACUGAUUGGGAAAGAAGGCCGCAACCUGAAGAAGAUCGAGGAGGAGACAGGGACCAAGAUAACCAUCUCCUCGUUACAAGACUUAACCAUUUACAACCCUGAGAGGACCAUCACGGUGAAGGGCAGCUUGGAGGCGUGUUGUAAAGCCGAGGUGGAGAUCAUGAAGAAGCUGAGGGAAGCCUACGAGAACGAUAUUGCUGCUAUAAACCUGAAUUCUGCCUAUGCCUCUCCUGCACAGCAACAGGCCAACCUGAUCCCAGGCUUGAACCUGAACGCUCUGGGGAUCUUCUCCUCCGGUCUCCCGGUGCUGCCCCCUGCUGCUGGACCACGUGGCGCUGUGCCGCCUGUGUCCCCAGCAGGAUACAAUCCAUUCUUAAGUCACUCUUCACAUCUCAGUGGCCUGUACGGGGUUCCUCCAGCAAGUGCCAUCCCCCACCAGCACUCACAACAGGCUCCAGAACAGGAGGUUGUCUACCUCUUUAUUCCAACUCAGGCAGUCGGGGCCCUGAUCGGCAAGAAGGGCCAGCACAUCAAACAGCUCGCCCAUUUUGCCGGAGCUUCCAUCAAGAUCGCCCCGGCUGAGAGCCCAGAUGUCACUGAGAGGAUGGUUAUCAUUACUGGAACCCCAGAAGCUCAGUUCAAGGCCCAAGGUCGGAUAUUUGGGAAGCUGAAAGAGGAGAACUUCUUCUCGGCGAAGGAGGAGGUCAAACUGGAGACGCAUAUCAAGGUUCCCUCAACUGCAGCUGGCAGGGUCAUCGGUAAAGGUGGGAAGACGGUGAACGAGUUGCAGAACCUGACGAGCGCAGAGGUAAUCGUACCGCGGGACCAAACUCCUGACGAGAACGACGAGGUCUUUGUGAAAAUCAGCGGGCAUUUCUUUGCCAGCCAGACUGCACAGAGGAAGAUCCGGGAGAUCAUUCAGCAGGUCAAACAGCAGGAACAGAAGCACCAGCAGGGCGCUGCCGUGUCACCGCAACACUCCAAGUGACCAGCGAGGUGGCUCCGGUGGGCACCAGCCAAUGAAUGUAGCCCUCCCAAACGGACAGAGACCUACCCAGACUAAGGCCAAGGCCAAGGGGGACAUGCAGGGCAGACCAGCAGCACCGGGAUCAAAACCAAAGAACUUCGCGAGGGGGGAAACAAGUGAGAGCCAAAGGCUGAGGGCAUUGUGUACACUGCCAGCCCUGUGAGAGCAGAUAGAAUGGGAGAAACCGUACUGAUAUGAUAAAAUAAAAAGACCAAAAAAAAAAAAUAACAAUAAUAAUAAUGUCUACAAGAAAGGUGGAAAUGGCAGAGAAUUUGGGAACUGUUGUGUUCGCAGUUAAAAAAAAACAAAACAAAAAGGUAAAACAGGAAAUAGUUUGUCGCCCUGCAUAACGUUAUCUCUUUAGUUGGACUAACAUAGGCCUAACAAACAGAUAAAGCAACUCUAUUAACACAUACGAGACAUUGUGAUUGAUACUUUAGGACGAGAGCGAGUGACAAUGGACACCUUCUCUCACAAGCGUUUGAGAUAUUUAGGUUGUGAGGUUGAAUAUCCUUAGCAGUAUUAAUACAGAGUAGAGAAGUAUAUGGAUGCACGCUGAGAGUACGCGCUGUUAUUUUUCUAUCUAAAUGACAGUAGAGCUUGGUGUAGUUUUUCACAUUUUUGCUUGUUCCAGAGAUUGACUGGGGGCUGUGACAGCCACAUGGAGCGGUUUCCCUUGUUUCUUCCCAUUUUUAUUAAGGCCACAGACAAAAUCCAAAAAAGAAAACCCCUAUAAGUAAACACGGAACAUGGCGAGUGGUUCUGAGUCUUUGUGACGAGCCUGUGUGUGUGCCAACGCAAAAGAUAACGUCCCUUUUCAAAUGUCCCUCACCAUUCACAUCCGACGCUACGCUCUUAACGUCUCUUUCUUUCCCGCUAAUUUCUGCUUCUCAUCACUCUCUCUCAUCUCGUGUUUUUUUUUUUUUUUUUUUUAAAAAGGACAAAAAAAUAUUCGUCGUCACCUUUUUUUUUGGUAGCCUUUUGAUAUAAGUUGGUUGAACUGACUGACACUUUUGCUCAAGACAGGUUAAAAGCAACAGUUUUUUUUUCUUUACCAGUGAUCUGGUGUCACUCUCCCAUGCUGUACAGUAGACAAUGUUCAUGCUUGUUGUCCUGAUAUGAAAAAAAAAUAUAUAUAUAUCAAAGGAAGUCUCUAAAGACCGACGAACGAUCAGAGCAAAAAGAAGAAGAAGAAGAAGAAGAAAUGGUGCGUCUUUGCUUGUCAACCAGUCGUUUUGAAUGUGCACCGCCACACGCUCGGCCUUACUAGGGCGUAAACAAGGCCCGACACAGAUUGUGAGCCAAGGGCCCAGAAACAGGGGACAGGGUUAGAGGGUUAGAGGGUGGGGUCGGAAGGGGGACGGAGGCGCCGUGUGACCUGUGGCGCGCGCACAACCGCGAACGUGACCGCACCCGCGUUUGGCUUCAGCCCUCUCUUUGUCAGGGACCUUUCUAAAAUGGCAUGACAGCUGUGAAUGUACGAUAUGCAGCCUUUUUAGAAAAAUAUCACCCCUGCCGUGUCCAGCAGGCGGCACGCGACACGCAGAUCGUCAUCCUCACUCGCGCUCCUUUCUUCGAUCUCCUUUGUUUUGCUUUAAUUUUUAUUUCUUUUAAUUUUUUUGGCGAGCUGGCCGCCUUGCUCUGCGCGCACGCCGGACACGCAGGCCCCCGGUGUCCCCCUCUCGUGCUUUACUUUGGAGAAACCAUGGAAGCUUGUUGCCUUAUUUCAUCACCUUUUCAGAUAUCACCCAUCAGCUUCAUCUUCCAGACGCAAGGUUAUUGCCAAUACGCACAGCUUCCUCCGUGUGUGUGUGUGUGUGUGUGCGCGUGUGUGUGUGUACGUGUGUGUGCGCGCGUGCGUGUGUGUGUAUAUAUAUAUAAAAAGAGAGAGUAAUAUUUAUGAAUCUAUUUUUUCCUAUUUUGUGAUGAGAGCUAUUGAUAAGAAACAAAAAGAAAACAAAGUCCUUUUCUUUUUUUCCUCAGUGGGACACUGCCAUAUUAUUUUGAAGGGAAGUGUUUAUUUUCUUGAAAACUAGACUAUGAAUAAUAAUAUAAUGAAUUUAAAAAAAAAAAAAAACUGAAAAAAUAGGAGAACAGUAAAGUGAACCACCGCGUUAACUUUGGUCAGGAUGUGAACAGUGCGCAUGUCAGUAUUGUGAUCUACCUCAGGCUUCAGGGUACCUCAGUCCAAUCCUUCAUUUCCCCCUUUUCCACAUUUUGUAUGCCUUGUUAACUGAUCAUUUUGAGCGUUUUGAAUUUUUCUUUUUUUUAAAUGGUUAAAAAAAAAAAAAGAGAGACAAAAAAGACCUACGGUAAUCUCUAUCUCUUCAGGUCCAGGAGACUAGUGAAACUUUGUAGUCAACUCUGUGUUUGCCUGGAUCGCCAUACGACCUCUUAAUGAUACAAAGCAUUUCCAAGACGAUUUUGCUAGGAAAGAAUGAAGCGCAGGAUCUAAGGGGUACAUACCUGCCCGACGUGGUUCUGAUUGUGGAUGUUGUGUACUGAUUUCACCAUCGAAGAGCAAAGACAAAAACAUACAAAAAUCGGUUGAUGUAAACAGAAACUAACCGACUGUACCUCCUGUUUCUCCCAGCUGUACCUCCAGGUUUUUUGAGACUUAAAAAAAAAAAAAUGUUAACAAAAAAAAACAACAAAAAAAAUGAAUUUUAUAACAACCGAACCCGAUCUUACCAGCUCUGUUUGAUAAAAAAAAAAGAAAAAAAAAGAAGCAUACUCUGGGGUUGAUUUGAAGAAAACACGAAGCUGCAAAAAUACACUGACGGGACUCGUGGACACGGUGUAAAACCCUAGUCUCCUGUGUAGAAUGUAGAACAACUCUAGUCGUUGAAAUGUCACUGUGUACGACAAGAUAACUGUAUAUCUGUAAACAUGUACUAUAGAGUCACACAUACAGUAAAAUGCAUCGUUUUCUGUCUCUCUAUAACACUUACCAGUCUGCACCUGCGUUGUGAGAGACGGUGGGAGAGGUUUAGAGCGUCACAAUUUCCCCUCAAACUGACGCCUAAACGGCUUUCUCAACAAUCUACCGACUAUUUUUUUUUUUUUUUUGUGCUGUAUAUUUCAGAAUUACCUCUCCGAAUCCAAGGCUGACUUUUAGUUACUAAAAACCUAAUGUAGGGCAAAAGAGUUAAAGAAGUGAACGAUGUAGUGGAAGUUAGUGUUAUGUCUUUGGGCUUCUUUUUUUUUUUUUUUUCUUCGUCCCAGUGAACACAGACUAGCAGCGCUAAUCGAAUCAAAUAAAAAUAAAAACAUGAAGGUCUAUCAAACUCACACAAUGCCUGGGGCUUUUUUUUUUUUUUCUUCAGCAAGCCUCGCCCACAGCCGGAACAGUACCUCAUACUCACGAUGUGAUCGCUCACGAGGACCUGAUUCGUUCAUUUAACCCCCUGACCUUACUUACCCACACACCAAUGCAGUACGGUGCUUCUGUUCGAAAACGCGUGACCCCUGCGGUGGUCUGCGUCACCUGAGCGGGGGCGAGUCUCGGAGAAAAAACGGCUUUUUUUUUUUCACGGUAGCACUGGAAAAAAAAAUUGUAGUUUGUCAUUUAAUGGUUUGUCUGACUGUCCGGAGUAGGUUUUUUUUUUUUUUUUUGAGGCUCUUUUCUUGCAACGCAGAGGCCUCUUCAGACCUCUGCCUCUCCUGUGUUUUUUUUUUUUUUUUUUUUUUUUUGGCUCUUUAUAGGCGCGGGUUUCCCUCCAGCUGGUUCGGUGUCACUGUGAGAAGAGCAUCCCGGUUGUUGAGCCAACCGCAGUCUGAGGAGAAACCUGUCACGAUGAUAGUAACCUUUUCUUUUUACUUCCAAGGAUUGGUGUUUCUAGGUUUUGUGGGGUGUUGCUAGGCAUUAAUUUUCAGUACCUGAAAAAAAAAAACAACAAAAAAAAACAAACACACAAUUACACACAUCACUGAGGGUGUACAGUGUUGUUAGUCAUAUCACACAGUGGUUGAAUAGCUUAGGCUUUAUUUUGUUUUCUGUUGAUCUGGUUUUCUUGUCAUUUACACUGAUUAAAAUAAUAAUAGUAGUCUGGGAUUCUUUAAAAUAUUCAUUCCUGUUAGAUCACUACCAGUAAUACUAGCUGUUAAAUUGUGGUUGAAAAGCAUCCUAGCUAGGAUUUUGAACAGAUUUAGGAAUUGGAAAAGAGGGGGGAGGGGGUGGGGAUGCAAAGUAGAUCUGCCUGCUUGACAAAGCACAAGGGUGGACAGAAAAAGCAGGUCUGAAAACAAAAAAAAGCUGUUCUGCCUUUGGAACCGAUUGGAGCCGAGGGCGUCCGACAAUAACCGCGGAUUAGGUGAUGAAGGAUUUAGUUGGGUCAGACGUACGCAGAACCACAGCAGUGUUUUUGUCCUAUCUUGUCGUUAAAUGAGAAGAUGCAAAGCAUUGCAUGAGACUGUUGCAGGCGAUCCACCAUGUACUACACUUCACAUAGCACUAGACUUUGAAUAGUGGUUUUACAUGGAUCCACUUCUUAACUGCAUUUCACCGUUUUGGGAGAUUCCUUUUGUUUCCUCAGUAGGUCACAAACCCUCACGUCCUACAUUUCCCACAGGCCAAAAGGUCCCAAAAAGCUUCAAGGUAAUUGGUGACUGUGCGCUGGACAGACAUGAUCCACUUUUGAACACAUCUAUCUGGUGGAUUCAUGCCUUUCUGGUAACAGCCGCGCUGUUAUUUUGAGUUGUGAGUGAACUGUAUUGCUGAGCAACCUGGAUCUGAGCAAUAAAGAAUAUUUGAAAGAAA